CAAAGUACCAACAAAGAAAAAGAAAGAUUAAAGGAAGCAGCUUUUUGCUUUAAAUUUCAAGAGAGAAAGCUUAGCAAAGGGAUUCCAUUUCAAUCUGGAUUUGGGUUUCUGUUGUGAGAGGGGGGAAAAAGGGGAAUUUUUUUUAGGCAUGGCUGAAGUUCUGGGGAAAGCAAAUCUGUUCAUGGCUUGUAACUAUAGUCAGAAGAAGAAUCAAGAAUUUUCUAGGAAAAUUUCUGGGUUUUGUUUAAUAAACAAUACUCUUCCUUCCUUGAAGAUGAAAUCUCAGGCUCCGAGGAGUUGUUUUAAUGGAAAAAGAGUGGUUUUUUUAGAGAAGAAAAGUGUAAAUGAUAGAAGUUCUCGUCUACUUCCCCUUAAAGCACAGAUGCAAACUGGGCUUAUUGGUAAAACACAGAAGUGGUGGGAGAAGGAACUGCAACCAAAUAUGAAAGAAGUGACAUCUGCACAAGAUUUGGUGGAUUCUCUGUUGAAUGCAGGGGAUCAACUUGUUAUAGUAGAUUUUUUCUCCCCUGGUUGUGGUGGCUGUAAGGCUCUUCAUCCCAAGAUUGGUCAAUUGGCAGAGAUGAACCCAGAUGUGCAGUUCCUUCAGGUGAACUAUGAGGAGCAUAAAUCCAUGUGUUAUAGCCUUAAUGUACAUGUGUUGCCUUUCUUUCGGUUCUAUAGAGGAGCUCAGGGGCGUUUAUGCAGCUUUAGCUGCACCAAUGCCACGAUCAAAAAAUUCAGAGAUGCUUUGGCCAAGCACAAACCAGACCGUUGCAGCCUUGGGCCAACAAAAGGUCUUGAAGAGAAGGAACUUCUGGCAUUAGCUGCCAACAAAGACCUUUCCUUCAACUACGCACCGAAACCAGUUCCUGAUCCGGAAAAGAUUCCGGCAUCAGAAGAAAAGCUCCCGACAUCGGUCAAGCCGAAAGAAAGCGAGAAAAAAACCUUGGUUGGUACUGGGAGAUGAAUGUGGUUUGUUUUUUUGCCAACCCCAUUCCACACUCCCUAUCGCCACUGUACAGUUACUAUAGAAAUAUAUAUCCAUGUUCAUCUUCCAUGUACAAGUAGUCAUGGUGCAAAUGAGCAAAACAUAGUGGAGUUGCAGGCUGUUGGUUUGUUAUUUUUGUUUGGGAUCGAUCCCAGCCAACAGCUUAAUUCAAGCAUGUUUGUAUUAUAAAGUUCAUAUUUUACAGGAAGCUUUAUAAGUUUGAAUGAA